CUCGAGCAGACAAGUCAAGAUCAGCUGUCAGAGAAGCGUUACAGAGACAAUGUGUGAUGUGCAGACUGACCGGUGACGGACUAUAAACGCUGCAGAGAGCACGUCUCGGUGGAAACAUUUUGCAUGGCGGAAGGAUUUCAGAGCGAAGAGCGACAUCAAUAAGUAAUAUACAGACCAUGAACUAUGUGGGUCAGUUGGCGGGCCAGGUGUUUGUGCAGGUCAAGGAGCUUUACAGGGGACUCAACCCUGCAACACUCUCUGGAUGUAUAGAUGUCAUCGUCGUCCAGCAGCCCGAUGGCUCCCUGCAGUGCUCCCCCUUCCACGUCCGCUUCGGCAAGAUGGGCGUGCUGCGUUCCCGUGAGAAAGUGGUGGACAUUGAAAUUAAUGGAGAGCCGGUGAGUUUGCAGAUGAAGCUGGGAGAGAAUGGAGAGGCCUUCUUCGUUGAAGAGACCGAGAACACAAUGGAAAUUGUUCCGUCCUACCUAGCAACGUCACCCAUCAUGUCAACGGGGGCAGAGUUGAUGGAGUCCGCGCUGGGCCGGGGCGGUUCUCGUCACCAUGACACCAUCCCCUGCGGCUCACUUCCCGUCCAGAGCCUGGGAGUGCAGCAAGGUGAUGGCGGGAUGAUGAAGAAGAGAAGGAAGAGGAGGAGGAAGGCACGGCCAGAGGCGGGCAGCGGAGGAGGAGGGAGGAGAGAGGAGAGCGGGGAAGAGUUCUCGGACGACCAGGACAUGUUUACUAUUGACAUGAGCUCGGAUGAGGAGAGAGAGUCUGACAGCAGACCUGUGUACGGUGAUCAGGGGUCUACAGCCAACACGCACACACACCCCAGCACUGACUGGAUCCGUCCACAGAGUCAUAUGAUCAAGGAGAUUCUCUCCAUCCCUUAUCCCUGUGGUCUGUCCAUCUCUUGUCCUCAGCAGGCUUCUCACCUCUCCUCUGUUAGCCACGAUGAUUCUAGGUCAUCAACGCCGAAGAGCGACUCAGAGCUAUCCAAUCAGAACAAAGACAACCCUGAGAUGUUGUGGACCUGGGGGGAGCUGCCACAGGCUGCCCAGCCGGCCUUCCUGACUUCCCUGCAGAAGCAGGACCAUGUCACAGCCGUCUCCAUCCCGGUGUCUGCCAGCACUCACUUCAGAGCCAUCAUUGACACUGGACCCCCCUCCCUCACUCUCUAUGCUCCCCAGCCAGGGGAGACCGAUGCUCAUGGUGGGGACAAGGACACUGAAGAAAGCAAAAAUGGAGCCGGGGUCGGACUAACCACUGGGGACAGGGCUGGAGGGAGAGAGGUGGAAAGCGUUGGGCCAUCAUGUGCAGAGAUGGAGGGUUUAACAGCCUGUUCAGUGUCUCCCAGGAUUCUCCUUGAUCAACUUGAAGAAGGCGGGAACAGAGGAAGUCCCAUCAGAAGAACUGAUUCACCAUCCAAGAGGAAAGAAAAGAGAAGCCAACACCUUGGUGCUGAUGGCGUAUACCUGGAUGACAUUACAGAGCUGGAGCCUGAAGUAGCUGCUCUCUACUUCCCUAAAAGUGACGGAGGCAGUAGCUCAAUGAGAGGGGACUCCGAGAUGAUGAUGAUGGGAGUGCGGAGCGCCAAUCAGUCCCCACAGUCAGUAGGCAGCAGCGGGAUGGACAGCGGCGUAGACAGUUUGUCUGACCACGUGGGGGACCUGCCUCAUGUUGCCAUCUCUUUGUGCGGAGGACUCACUGACAACACGGAGAUCACAAGAGAGCAGUUCCAGGAGAGGGCAAUUUCCUACCAGCAGUUCUCUGAAAGCCCUUCUAUUAUUGAUGACCCUAACCUGGUGGUCAGGAUAGGAAACAAGUACUACAACUGGAACACAGCCGCUCCUGUCAUGUUGGCCAUGCAGGUCUAUCAGAAACCACUGCCGCAGGCCUCAGUGGAGAACAUCAUGAAGGAGAAGAUGCCAAAGAAAGGCGGACGCUGGUGGUUCUCAUGGAGGAGCCGGAAUAGCGACUCCAAAUCAGAAUCAGUGACAGAUGCAGGAGGAGACAGUGGAGAGAGCUCACUCACCAUGCAGUCGGUGAACAGGAUGAAGGAUGAGUCAUCCUCUAGUGAUGAGGACCACAGAUCGUCCAAUCAGGCGUCAGGAUCCUGCCAGUCAGAGCUCCUUGUGAGUUCUGGCAACGUCUGUUAUAAGAAGACUCUUCGGCUCACCUCAGAGCAACUGGCUAGCCUGCAGCUGAAGGAGGGUCCUAAUGAGGUGGUGUUCAGUGUGACCACUCAGUAUCAGGGCACCUGUCGCUGCCAUGGCACAAUCUAUCUUUGGAGCUGGGAUGACAAGAUAAUCAUUUCCGAUAUAGAUGGAACAAUCACCAGGUCAGACACUCUGGGUCAUAUCCUCCCCACACUGGGUAAAGACUGGACUCACCAGGGUAUCGCACGGCUCUACCACAAAGUCAGCCAGAAUGGAUAUAAAUUCAUGUACUGCUCGGCGAGGGCCAUCGGCAUGGCUGAUAUGACGCGAGGCUACCUGCACUGGGUCAAUGAGAGAGGAACCAUGCUGCCAAUGGGUCCGGUGUUGCUCAGCCCCAGUAGUCUUUUUUCUGCCUUGCACAGGGAGGUGAUUGAGAAGAAACCAGAGAAGUUUAAGAUUGAGUGUCUCACAGACAUAAAGCAACUGUUCUACCCUAACACCGAACCUUUCUACGCUGCUUUUGGCAACAGAGCGACGGAUGUGUAUUCCUAUAAAGAGGUGGGUGUUCCUCUGAAUAGGAUUUUCACUGUCAAUCCCAAGGGGGAGCUGAUACAGGAGCACGCCAAAACCAAUAUCUCCUCCUUUGGCCGUCUGUGCGAUAUGGUCGACCAUGUCUUUCCUGUGCUAGCUCGAGAUGAGGGAGCAGACUUCCCCUGCUCUGACACUUAUGACCAGUGCGACUACUGGAGCAAACAACUUCCUGAUGGCACCAACCAGGAAGAAGAAGAAGAAGAGCCACAGCCACUUGAGACAAGCUGAGGAAACCCUAUCAAAUUUGGCACUGAGGAAGCCAGCAGCCCAGAUUCGGAGUGAAGGUGUUGAUUAUUUUAGAAUCAAAAACGUCAUCCAAGAACUGUACUGGAUGAAUGAAGGAAGCUCUGUGGCUCCUUCAAGGAUAAAAGACUUUACUUAAGAAAAGUAACUGUGACUACUGAUUGCAAGUAUAUGAAUGUGUUUUCAAUAUCCCACAUAAACAAUCCAUCUUGCCAUCAAUCAACAGUGAGAACACAAGCAGACUUACAAAUAAGACUGGAAAAAGGAGAAACAAAAAAUCCAUGAUGAGUUUCAACAGCUGCUUGGGAGUGAGGCUAACUGAUGGAUCUACCUGCAGAGACUCAUAUCACACAUUUGUAAGUGCACUGACUCACAGACACGCACAAACACAUACAUACAGUAUACUGUAAGUUGAACUUGUAAAGGCAUUCCAUAGACAAAGUAAAACAUUACAGAAUAAGUCAAUUAUCCCUCGCUGCAUGUUUUUCAGCUCCAUAUGAGUUUCAUUUAACUAGUUAGCAUUCUCUCCUUCAUCCCACACUACUCUUCAUUUGCACUGCUGGAUAGAAAAGCUGCCACACCAAACAAAUAGGCCUACUGUUAACAAGGUGAAAAUGAUUAUUAUUUUGCACCAAUAUGGUUUAUAUAGUCUGGUAUUAAUAUUGGGUCAUCCUUACUUGUACCACCUGAUAGCCAUUAUUUUUCAGAAUUCUAUGCAAAAAGAAAUGCCUAUCUUAAAAUAAUCAACUCCUAUGUAGACCUAAGCCCUCGGUGAAGCUUUUCAAAUCUCAAACCUGUGGUGCAUCACUCAUUUUUUAUCUUGUUUAGGUAAGAAUACUGGCUUUUUUACCCGUCACAUGUAAUAUAUUCACCAAAUAGUUAGAGACUCAGAAUCUUAGUUGAAGUUUUACCUGGUCUAAGUAUGUGGCUAUAGUAAUCUUUUCUGACCUCAGGUGCAAUAGAUACAGCACUACACAUCCAGAAACACCACAUAACAUUACAUUACAUUACAUUACAGUACAGUAAAAACACACAGAACAUGCAAAAAUAGCACAGAUAUUGCAUCUAGUCAUCUUUCUGUGCCAAACUCCUUUGCAGGUCUAGUUAAAUGUGUUUGGUCUUCUGACCGUGCUACUGUGAAAGAUGUGGCUCUGGCACAUUUUCUAACUUGUGUUCAGUAACAAUACACAAGAUAGAUGCAAUACAAUGCAAAUAACUUCAGUUUGUGUUCUUUCUGUCUGUUUUUAUACGUGCAAAUAAGUUAACACCAGUUAUAUCCUAGAAUGUAGUAUAUAAAUCACUCAGAGUAUGUUAUUAUAAUGACUAAUGCUCAUCAAUGCAAUUACUGUAGAAGCCCAUACAGGACUAUGGUCAUAUAUUUUCAGUUUUUUAAAAGCGUUACUGCACAGAUCAGUAUACUUUUAUGUACGGCGCUAAUCUGUCCUGUAAUGGAGAAUCAAAUGCAGUAUAUUCAAAUACUGUAAGGUUUUCUCUUCACAAUCAAAUCUAUUUUUUGUCAUUUGUACAUAUUUCUUUUUUUCAUUUGUUGUCAAGUGUUUAUGUUUUCAUCCAUUGAUCAAAUAAUAUCUACUGUACUGCAUUUAUGCGAGAUGGAUGUUUAUUUUUACCACAUGUCUAAUUUAAAAUAGGGGGAAACUACUGUAAAUACAAAAAUAACAUACAUUUUUGUGACCAUAUGAAGUGAACUUAAAAAAAAGCUCUGCUAAUCUUUUGAGAGAUGAUAUACUGUCUGAAGUGCUUUGUUACUGGUGCUCAUUCAAAUGCACUUGCAGCCAUUUAAUGCUUUGCUAUGAAUCUCUUUUUAAACCAGCCGCCUCCCGUUGCACUAAGAGAUGGCAGUUUCAGCAUGUGACCACUAAAGCAGUAUUUUUGGAAAGCCAAUAGAUGGAUAACUUGUCUCUUUCCUGAUGUAAUGUCAGCUGUUAAUCAUAUGACAUUUUGUUUCAUUUGUUGCCUCAUGGGCAUCAAGGUGGCUAUUUUACAUGACGUGCAAACAUUUUGCAACGUACAAAAGAGUACCAUCAACCCCCAUAAAACCUCCUCUGUUCAUGUUUAAAAAAAAGAGGAAUUGGCUAGUUGAAAGCAAUUUUGAAUGCCUAACAGCUUCAAGAAAAAAAAAAUGAUGUCGCUACUUCCCCCCGGAUUUUAAAUCAUCUGAAAAAAAAAAUGAAUUCUCAAAGAAAUUCAGCAGAUUUUAGUUAGAAUUUAACAUGGAUAUUUGUAGUCUGAUAUUAAUGUGUCCUAUAUUGAAAAAAAGUGAAAUCAAAAUGCCAGAAUACUGUUAACAAGCCCUCUGAUUGAUCAUGACUGAGUCUGUUAUACUGCUAUAUACUCUUUGUGCAUAGGAUAGAUAUGUCUGAUGCUGUAUUGUGACUGACUUUACCUAAAAGAAAAAUAAUGAGGAAUUAACCUUGAAUCUAAAACUGUUGAUCUUCACACGCCUUGGGGAGUCCAGUGUAAUUUGUGUAAGAGGAGAAGACGCAGAGGGUGCAUGCUGUUGUAAUGCUAAGAUGCAUAUUUACGUGGAUGUAAUGAUCAAUGUCUUGUCACCUGAUCUUUGUGGGGAAGUACUUUCACGUUGCUUUAGUAUUGUUUAUGUCAAACAUGCACAGACAUGUUAACUUGUAAUUAUUUAAGCCAAAAACACACUUUGAUCUGUGUGAGGACACUUAAUUUGAUACUCGAUAGAUCCAGUCUUGUAAUUAUACAGAUCUCCUAAUUGUAUGAUGAAACAUGGAAGUUAAAAGUCAGAGAUGAUUUCUCUUCUUAAGGAACACAAUGCUCUUCCCAGAUUUUUAAAGUAAAUCAUCUGUUUGAUGAUUAUCACCUGAUUCUUUCUGUGAAAGAAACUCUUGACCUUGCAGUCUGUCUCUGUGUUGACAUGGAUAUUGAGCCAGUUUGCUGUCCCGUGUAAAGAUAAUGUUAAGGGCACUGAAGCAGCCUACCGAGCAGUGUGCAGCGCAAGCUGUUGUUAACAACGUAGUUUGAAUAAAUCUGUAAAAUGGACACAUUUUUCAAUAAACUCAAAGGUGAUUGCUA